AGCUUGCUUUGGACUAAUUGGCUUAAGUGAACAAGAAACUUAGAUUAACAGACAAGUGGUAAACCUCUAAAGGUGGAAUGGGAUUUGUUUUGACUGAAUUGGCCAGAAUAGUAUGGCUUGGCCCUACCAUGUUUGGAGUUGAUUUGGUUGUCUUAACGCAGAAGAAUAGAAUGGAGUGUAUUCAAUCUGGGUUCAACUGGAUGGGUAAUAUUUACCUGACGUAUUGUAGGUACGUAUUGGAAUAGGAGAGGUUUGGAAUUUGGUGGUCUGACCCAGGUUCAAUCUUAUGAUAGAAGAUCCUGGCUUUUCUGGGUGGAAUAAAAUGUGAUAGGCUUGCUUGGCAUUUAAAGGUGUAUAAUCUGAAUAUAGGCUAACUAACUCAAUCUACCUUUUGAUAUCAGACCUACCAGCUCUUAAAUCAAUCUUGCAAGCCUUUGUUGCACUUCCUGUAUGGAAGCAAUCAUCAUUCCUCGGAUAAGGAAACUAAAACAGCUUUUGCAACUCUGGACUGGAUCUCACUAAGGCCUGUUUGAAUGCCCCUGUACUCUUGCAAUGAAAAGCUUUCUAAAUGACUGCUGCAACUGAGUCCUUACUUUUAGCAAGGCCACCCAAAGCCAUACAUAACCCAUAUCUACCCGCAAGAUAUGGACUGCAUGCCAAAGCAGCACACAAAAUGCUGGAGGAACUCUGCAUAUCAGGCAACAUCUAUGGAGAUAAACAGUUGACGCAUUGUUUCAAGACCCGUCAUCAGUUGGAAAGGAAGGGUGAAGACACUGGGCGGGGGGAAGAGGACAAGGUAGAAGGUGAUAGGUGAAGGGCUGCAGAUGGAGGACUCUAUAGGAGGAGAGUGGACUGCGAGAUAAAGGAAAGAAGGGGCACUGGGGGGAGGUGAUAGGCAAGUGAUGAGAAGAGAUAGGUCAGAGUGGGGAAUGGAAGAUGACGGCAGGAGGAAGGGAUUUUUUUUUAUUACCGGAAGGAGAAAUCAAUAUACAUGCUGUCAGGUUCGCGGUUACCCAAAUAGAAUACAAGGUGUUGCUCCUUCCAAUGAGGCCUCAUAGUCACAGGAGGCGGCCGUAGAUCGACAUAUCGGAACGUGAAUGGGGAUAGGAAUUAAGAAGGUUGGCUAAUGGGAAAUCCUGCUUUUGGCAGAUGGAGUGGAGGUACUCAAUAAAGUGGUUCCCCAGUUUACAUCAGGUCUCACCAAUGUAGAGGAGGCUGCAUCAGGAGCACCGGAUAAACAACCCCGAUAGAUUCACGGAUUAAGUGUUGCCUCACCUGGGAGGAUACUUUGGUCUUUGAUUGGAGGGGAAUGGACAGAUGUAGCAUUUAUGUCGUUUGCAGGAUUGUGUACUAGGAGGGAGGCGAAUGAACAAGGGAAUCGCUGAGGGAGCGAUCCCUGCAGAAAUCAGAGGGGGAAGGAGGAGUAAAGAUGUGUUUGAUGGUAGGUGAGGACAGGAGGAACUCUAUCCCUGUUAAAGUGAUGGGAAGAUGGGUGAGCGUAGAUGUCCGGGAAAUGGAGAAGAUGCGGGUGAGGGAAGCAUCAAUGGUUAGUAGAAGGGACGAUUGAUCUGGUUCCAGGUUGGAGAAUCCCGCUGAGGAGGCUCUUGAUGCCCGAGGGAGGGUGAACAGGGCGUGGGGGAUGGUUAAACUAGAGUUGCCGGGGGAUGGGAACCAGCACAGAUAGUGGAGUGGUUGUAGAGAAAGAUUUUGUUAAACCUACAUACAAAGUCAGGAAUCAAUAAGUCAAGCAUGGUGGGACUAAUGUUCUGAACUGCGAGGAGUGUUGUAGGAAAGGUGGAUGAGCUUAAAGCCGAAGGACGGAGCUGCGCAGGCGGGAAGGCGGAGCCGAGCGUCGGGCAUCCGCAGGAGGGGGAGGGGCGGCAGCUGGGUCUCAUGCGCAUGCGCGCUCCCUCCGCAUCUUGAGCUAAGAUGGCGGCCUCCUCCUUGGAGCAGAAGUUGUCGCGUCUGGAAGCCAAGCUGAAACAGGAGAACAGGGAGGCGCGGCGCCGGAUCGACCUCUCCCUCGACAUGAGCUCGCCUUCCAGCCCGAGGAGACCCCGACCAAUUAUAGUGAUCACUCUAAGCCCUGCUCCUGCCCCAUCCCAACGAGCAGCUCUUCAGCUUCCAUUAGCAAAUGAUGCAGGCAGCCGCUCAUCUUCAUCAGAAACCUCACCACAACACCACCCACCCCCUUCACGCCCUCGGCACAUGCUCAGCCUCCCACAACCUCUGCUACAGAAGAGUAUGGAAAGCAUAGAGAUUGAGCAGAAGCUGCAAGAAAUCAUGAAACAGACUGGGUACCUGACAAUAGGAGGGCAGCGAUAUCAGGCUGAAAUCAGUGACCUGGAAAACCUGGGUGAGAUCGGCAGUGGUACAUGUGGACAGGUCUGGAAAAUGAGAUUCAAGAAGUCUGGACACAUAAUAGCUGUGAAGCAAAUGCGGCGCUCGGGUAACAAAGAAGAGAACAAGCGAAUCCUGAUGGAUUUGGAUGUGGUGUUGAAAAGUCAUGACUGCCCUUACAUCGUGCAGUGCUACGGGACCUUCAUUACCAAUACUGAUGUGUUCAUUGCCAUGGAACUGAUGGGUACAUGUGCGGAGAAGCUGAAGAAACGGAUUCAGGGGCCUAUUCCGGAAAGGAUUCUUGGCAAAAUGACAGUUGCGAUUGUCAAAGCUUUGUUUUAUCUGAAGGAGAAGCACGGUGUCAUUCACAGAGAUGUCAAACCUUCUAAUAUUCUUCUGGAUGAGCGGGGUCAAAUCAAGUUAUGUGAUUUCGGGAUUAGCGGGAGGCUGGUAGACUCGAAAGCAAAAACGAGGAGUGCAGGAUGUGCAGCAUACAUGGCGCCAGAAAGGAUCGAUCCUCCUGAUCCAACCAAACCCGAUUACGACAUCAGAGCGGAUGUUUGGAGUCUGGGAAUUUCACUGGUUGAACUCGCUACAGGGCAGUUUCCAUAUAAAAACUGUAAAACAGAUUUUGAAGUUUUAACAAAGGUGCUGCAGGAAGAUCCUCCUCUGCUUCCUUCAAGCAUGGGCUUCUCAAUGGACUUCCAGUCAUUUGUAAAAGAUUGCCUUACAAAGGAUCACAGGAAGAGACCAAAAUACAACAAAUUGCUUGAACACAAUUUUAUUAGACGCUAUGAGACUUUAGAAGUGGAUGUAGCUUCAUGGUUUAAAGAAGUUAUGGCAAAGACUGAAUCCCCACGAUCAAGCAGCAUCCUCAGCCAACAGCAUCUCCCCAUUUUCUCCAGGUAGCCAGCAGAGUGGUAAAUGAACCUGUGGGGGAGGAAAGAGUAUCGGCACGUCAUCACCAACACCCACAUCAUCAGGCAGAGCUCCUGAGACUGAUGAAUUGUACAUAGUCUACCAUGGUUUUUCUGUCUAGUGUCGUGUUCUUUUUGAUUGCCUCAGGAGUGUGGGUUGUUGUGUGUUUGAAGAUACUUUCAGUCUGUAGAAAGUAAACAAGGAAAAGUGUGGCAAACCACAUAUUGGACUAAGGGUUUGUUUCACUAUUACUGUGAAAAGCUUACAUGCUGCCGUUAACCUCUGCCCUCCCCAUUAAUCUCUCCUUAUGGGACAAAUGGUCAUUGCACACUGCAGAGGAAUCGCAAAUUUAUAUAGUGUUUAAAUACUACCGGGUUAUGCACUGUGAUCAAAAAAGGAUUUUAGCUAAUUUAUUAAAUAUGAAAGUGUAGCUGAUGUGAACUCUCAAUGUAUUAGUGUGCAGGCACCUGUGUUAUACAAUAGACUAGUGUGUUUCAAACGCAUGAGAAACUGCUGCUUUAUUAUUUUUCUGACAGUAACUUUUAAAAUCUAUUUGGAAAAGGUUCAGAUCAGACAGGGCUUUCAGAAAUGCUCUUCAAGUGAAAGUCUGGUGGAGUAUACCAAGACUGUUUGCUUGGUAUUUUUGUUCUUGUAAGUUGAUUUGACAUAGUGUGUUAUGAUGCAUGCCCAGUGUCUGUAACCUAGGUACAUUCACUGGGUGAAAAUGUCAGAUUUUCAGUGGUUUAGUAAACAACCUCCAUAUGCAAAUAAUGAUUCUGAGUGAGUGUCAGUGCUGCUGCAACCUGAAAUCACACUUGUGCUGGCAAUUUCUUUUUAUAAUACCUGCAUAGUUGUUGCUGUUCAUACGGGUGCCAGUGCAAUUUAGGUGAUUAUAUCAGUGUCCCAGUUGCCACCUCCUGCUUUGAGGUUAGGUGAUGCAAGAUACAUCAAGCCCAAUGGGUGGAAUUUUAUAAAACUCAGUUUAAUUCUGAUUUUUACAAACAUCUGUUUGUGCUUCCUCUACACUUGCCUCGUAUAUUUUCUGCUAGUGUACACUAUGGUUGAUAAAUUAAUUCAUUAUUGGUUUGCAACUACUUUCUGCAUUUGCUGGAGGAUGUGUUUUUACUUGUGAGGUUGCACUGUGAGGAAAGCUUUAAGCAGGUGCCAGCCAUGGCCUGUCAGAAUGUCCCAGAGUGGGUCAGGUUGGUGGGCUGUUCACUCAACUCUCUCUAGUGAGUGAAGAGAGAUAGAAGAAAAAUUAUGCCAUGGGCAGGUAGUAGAGGGUGUGUGCUCCAGGGGUUUCUGUCAUUCCAUGAGCAUUGAAGCUGAGAGAAUUCUGCAUUUUGUCAGGCGAGGCUUAAGAUUUUUUAUGCUUUGAGGCUUUUAUUUUUAACUUGAAUUGCAUAAUUCUUCACAUUGAUAGCAACUGAUGCUGGCACAUUCAAAACAAAGCUUGAUUUGGAUUGAUUUUAUGAAGUGAUUCCAGUUGAUUGUAAACUUAAACCAAUCUUCAUUUUACACAAAACAUGACAAGCUAGCAUCUGUUUCUGUGUUGCAUGUUGUAACUUUGAAGAUUUGCAUCACACUUAGUGAUAUUCUCUUUGAAAGCACUUCUGUACAUUAGGGUGAAAUUGUGAUAGAGCCUCAUUUAUGUCAAGGGAUUAUGGGAGAGCACAGUGAGUAAAAAUCUUAUACAAUAUCCCUGUGAAGCUCAUCCUUGCUUUUUCUUGCCCCCUGAAUCACUAUCUAUUUUGGACACAGGUUCAUUUUAAACAAAGAAACUGAUUUAACAUACAGUUUCCACAUUUCUCUUGUAAAUUUCUAGAUCCACUGUGAAUUUUCUCCACUCAUUUGAUUACUUCACCAAAUGAUUUUUUUUUUAAAUUUAUAUAGUUAACUCAAUCUAGAUUAGUACAUUGAAGCAAUGUCUCUUUUCCCCCAUGGCACAAACAUUUCUUUCUAAUUGUGUUUAUAAUUCUUCUGCUUUUGAUGGAAGCUGAAAAUCUGGCUUUUGAUGCAAUUUUGAAGGACUGGGCUAUGAAAUUAGUGUAGAAAUGGAGUCAGGAUGUGUGUUUGUGUUGAGUUUGAGGGUUUUGGUUAGGUCUCAGAAAGAAGGGUGAGUGAGGCUGGUAGAUAGAGGGGAUCGGACUUUUGUUGGAAGCUUGAGCAGGUGGUAACAGUGGUGAGAACCUGUUUGCUGUAAAUAAACUUUAUGCUGGGUGUUCUCAUGAUCAAGGGGCACAGAGAUAGCAUUGCAGAUUAAUCAUUUUCUUAAGUACUCAUGUAUGCUUUGAGUUACAGAACAGGCUAAAGGUAAAGAACAGAUAUGGCAUUAGUGAAACUGGCUCAGUCGUAGAUGGAGGUGACAUUAAAACUGAAGGAUUCAUUUCAGAAACAAGUAGUCCUUGGUUUAGAUCAGUUCAGACAUACAUCUAUAUUCAAAAUGCCUUGUUUGAAAACUGGUCCAUUGGAUUAUUUGCAAAUAUCAGAUCUAGUCCUUGAGCGAUAGCAGACAGUUGUUACAGUACAGCUGUACAAGCCGUUUCUUGCAGCCACCCAGGCACAAAGACAGUCUGUGAUUCCCACAGGGAUCAGACCAAAUAAGUUGAGAGUUGGGAAUGAAGCUUUUCAGAGCCCAGUUGUGAUGCAUACAGAAAAAAGAAUUCUGUUGUAUUCAGAAUAACUUUGGAAAAUUUUAACAAAUCCAUCAGUUUGGUGGCCCUGUUCUACUGCUGUCUUAUCAUCACCUCUAUUUGUUUUAUAAAUAUAACUCUGAAUAUUGGAUGAUCCAAAUCACUCUGUAAAGAGAAAGAGCUUCUUUGUUAAAUUGCAUCAUGCUACAGAUCAUGCAUGAAGUUACUCCUUCAAGUUUCCCUUAUUUGAAAAUUCUUCGGCCGUUGACUAUCAUCUGAAUAUCAGAAACUGUCACUUUUACUCCGAUCAGCCAAUCUCAGGCCCUUGUGAAUUCACCCUCAGCAAUACAAGAGAUCUUCAGAGCGACGCAUACAAAAUGAUGGAGGAACUCAGCACCUGAUGAAGGGUUUUGGCCCAAAACAUCGACUGUUUAUCAUUCCCAAAGGUGCUGCCUGAUCUGCUGAGUUCCUCCAGCACUUUUUGUGUGUUAUUCUGGAUUACUGGCAUCUGCAUAAUCCCUGGUGUUUAUGAUCUAAUAAAGAUCUCAGAACAUUCUUGGGAUUCUAUCAACCUUGUUGCUUUUCAACAGGUAUAUAGAAAGAAGAUACAAAGAAACUAGUUGAAUUGGAUAAUUCUUCAAAGAGCAAUAAAGAGAGGAAGUUGAUGAGCUGAAAGAGUGCCAUAGCUGCUAUGGUUCAAUUUCUGUUCUUCAGUGUGUUGCAAUCAGAUCUGCAAAAUUGAGGAUCAGGCACUAUGUGAAGGUAGCAAGGCCGUUUCCUUAUGCAUAGAAUUGAAUGCAUACAAUAGAAAGCUUACAAUAUGCACAAGGUCAGUCUGUCUUCAGACUGUAGCCACAACUUGAAACUGAGUUCCCGGGUCCAAGACUUUUCUGACAGCAGUCUUCCAGGACAGAGAUCUGUGGGGUAGCCUUGCAUAAUUAAAGAUUGAAUGACUGGCAAAGGAAGAGAAUCAUUCAUCCCACAUACUAAUAUUGAACAGUAAAUAAUACCUCUGCAGUAAGAUCAAAUGUUGCUUAAAAAUUAAUGUAACAUUUGAGUGGGAAAUCUUUUUAGCUUUUGUUGAAACUGCUGCUAUCCCGAAACCACUGUAAUCCACAACAAUCUCUGCAUUGGAUUAAAUGCUCAUGUUUUGCAUUGAAUAUUCUCUCAAUGUGGAUAAACAUGAGAUAGAUCAGAGCCCUGUCCUGUUAAACAAUAAGUGAAAACUGGAGGAAUUUGUUAGAUGUUGUACAUUGAACAAAUUUUAUAAUAGUUGAGGGAGUCUUUAGAUACUUGUAAAAUUUCACCCUUGUUUUCCUCUCCUUACAACCUUGACUUUAGUUUAAAAAUAAUUUGUAAAGCAUGAUACAUUGGCUGUGAACAGUGGAACGACUUGGCUUUCUACUUAUGGUUUAACCUAGUUCAUUCCUUUGAAGUCAAAGUUCCAGCCACACUUUACAAUAUUUUCUUUUAUAUUAAUGUAAUGGGACAACAAAAGUCAGUUGCAUUAUGGGUGAAACUUACAUCUGGACAUCUCUAGACAUGACUGUUACCCAUCCUUUGGAACAAAGGAAUCUGGUCUGGAAUCCAGGCAUAUUGUGUUUGUAAAAGUCUCAAAUCUGCUCUGCCAUCAGAAUUUGUUUGCUUUUCUUGAUGCAGUUUCCUCUUAAGGAGGUUGGUCAGAAGUUCCAAAGGUGCCUUGAGAUCAAGUGUGAGCUGUUUAGAAGUCUGGUGCCUCCAGUACACACUGUUGUUAGUGUUUACAUUGAGGAGUUGAGAUCUGAGAGAGAUCAGCCAUGGUUAUAUUGAAUGGUGGGACAGAUUUAAUAGGCCUUUUGCCUACUCCCGCUCCUGUCUUUUUGUGUUCUUGUGAGGAUAAUCAUUCGAGAUUUCCAGAAAUGUGCGGGUGUUAAAGUAUGGAAAUAAAGAAAGCGCUUGUAACUGUUUGCUAGUUGAAAUGGGGAAGGAUGUGAUUGAUCUUCAGAGCCUGAAGAGCAGCUGUAAGUUGACAAUUAGCAGAUAAACACUUAGGCAGUGGAUAGCACUUGUACCAACAGUAGAAUCUUAUGAAGGAGCUUUGUUCAGAAAGAGCAGUGUUCAAGUAAGAUUCUGGUACAAGCUGCAGAUCACCCCGAGGUCAUGUUUCUUUGUACUAUUUUAGAAUUACCCAGUACUGUUGCUCGACGUUUUGUUGAAAACAGGCUGUCAUUUGAUAUUGAAAGGGGAGAAGUAUGUGAGAAAGUACGUGAAAGUGGGAAGGUACAAGAGGAACUGGAGAGGUAAUGCAGGUGUGGUAAUGUAAAUUCUGCUACCCUUCAGAUUGCUUUUCACAAGCCAGUUUUGAAGUAAAUAUGUAUUUCCAAAUAUUCAGCUUCCCCAUGAAGUUACUGUUGAUAUGAUCUCAUCACACAAAUAAAGAGGAAGAGAAGCCCACUUACACCAUGGAAGAGCCAUUGUUUUUUUUUAACAAUUCCCCUCUCUUCCCAACCCCCAUCCUGAAUCCUUUCACUCUCUCAGGAAUCAGAGUAUAAAGCACUCCCUUGUUAACAGACACAGUGUUUCCUGCAUGUGGAGUAGUGUGCUAACAUUUAGUGUUACUGUCACCACCAACUUGCGCUGCUUUUUUCUUGAAAAUUUAAACCAGCUCCUAAAUUUAGAGGCACUUAGCAAUAAACUGUCUACAGAGCAUUUUUAAUUCAUCUCACAAAAAAACUUAUAGCUUUUAGCAGAAUGAAAUAGAAAAACACCAAAGAGAAAGAUAGAAUUGCCUGUUAGCAGCUUUAAUCUUCCUGGGAAUCUUAGUCUUAGAAAAGCAGAUUAUUAAUUGCAGCAGAUUGUAUCAGCCUACAAAGUAGUUUAUUUUGUGGUUUUUAAGAGGAUAUCUUUCUAGAACUAGAGGGUGCAGACACAUGAUGAAGGUAAUUUCUUUUAAGAUUAGGAAAAGAGAAAUUCCUUCUCACAGAGGGUUGUGCAUCAUUGGAAAUUAUCACCCUGGACUGGAGGGAUGUAGAUAUUAAGUCGUUAAAAAUAUUCAAGCAUUCUCUACAUUUUUUAGCAUUAUGUGAGUAUCAAAUUAUUUGACUGAGACCAUUGAUUGGAUCAGAAUGGUAGAGGAGACCAGGCCCUGUGACUUUCCUGCUGCUUCUGUGUGUGUUGUAAUUGUAGCAGAUCUAGUACGUCCAACUCAUUUUCCUGCCCCGUCACUAUAAACCUCAAUUCCUUUCAUCAAAAUCUCUCACUUUAAAUGUGAUGACAAAGUACCCACAACACUGAGACUCCAGGUAGUUCUGGAUGUCUAGUCUGUAUGGGAAUUAGAGGUUAUGGGGAUCAGGCAGGAAGAGUGGAUUUGAGGGCAGUAGUGGGAUAAGCCAUACUUUCAUUGAGUGGGUCUUGUGGGGUUGUACUCUAGCCCUUCUAUGGUUUCCUUUGAGUGUAUGAGUGUGUAAAAGAGAAUUCUGGCCAGUUAAAAACCUUUAAUAAUUUCACUUGCAAUGCCUUUCAAUGAUGAACUCUGAAGCCUCAAUGUGAGUUUAUGUGAUGUUUUUUAUCAGACUGCAUAUAUCCUAUUGCAAUCUGUAGUGCCUGGCUGGUAACACUGUGUAGUUGGCAGAUAUUCACGGUGGCAUAACUUCAAGAAUUGGUCCCUUGCAGUGAAUUCUGAACACUUUAUCCCCUUCAAAUGGGUCAUGGCGAUGGC